AUGGAGAAUGGGGGAGUGUCCAGUCAAAGCACUGUGGCCCCUUCGGAUGUUAGCAAGAGCCAGACGCCCGUCUACUCCCGGGAACUGACACUCCAGGCGCACUUCACCUUCGGCACUCCGUCGAUGGCUCCCGUUCAGUACGCCCACGUGACGCCCACCUCCACCUCCUCGGUCAGUGGGCGGCCCCUGAUGGCGAGCGGAGGGCCGGUAGAGCACUUCCGGUGGGGCUCCGAGCACGGGGCGCAGUGCUCCAUCACCUGCGGGCGCGAGGGCCUCACCAUGACGUACAACGCCUCUCCGGCAGCUGGCCCCAGCCCCGCCCUUGCCGCCCAGCACCUGAUUCCUUGCGCCAUCUGCAACUCCCUGGCGCUGAACCGCGCGGGGCCGCCCUUCUCGACCCAGGUGGACACCGCGGCCGUCCGGGGCGCCCCCUCCACGGCCGCUCCCGCCGCCCCCAGCAUCACCACCACAGCGCCGGCCUACACUCGGAGCCUGAUGGACCUCAGCCGCCCUGGGGACCAGGUGGCCACGCGGAGCCUCACGUUCUCCGGGAGUCUGGACCGCGCCACGCAGCGCCCGCAGCAGCAGCGGCCCUACGGGCGGCGCUGCAAGAGCACGGCGCACAUUAUUCUGCAAAACAAUGACCUGCAGGUGCCGCGGGACUCGCGCCCGCACGAGUUCCACUCAACUCUGCGAGAGGAAGACGCCCCUGGCCAGCGCGACCAGAUGAUGGAAGUUCCCGACGAGGCACCCCUGGGACGCCCCUUGCCCGAGGGGCGUGGCAGGGCGCGGCACAGGGUCGGAGCCGAGCCGCCCUACACAGCGGUGGGGUCCGGCCCUGCGGGGCUGGGAGCGCGGCCCCGCCGGAAACCAGGAGGCGAGAGGACGCUACUUCGAACCGAGUGUGCAUCACACCCACGCCUUCCCCCCGCCCUGCUGCCCCUGCCAGCACUGCUCUGCCCUCUACUCCAUCGUGUCCACACUAACGGACCUCCAGAUUACCCGCCGCCCGGCCCCGUGGGCGCCGAGGAGCCUCGCGCGCCGCCCGCGAAGUCUCCCACGACGCGCACCUUCAACUCUCACCGCUGCUACGAGGACGACCUGCGACGGCCGAGCGCCGCGAAGAGCCAGCCGCCCACCUCGCCAAGUCCCGCACGCCCACCCAAGCCCAAGGGGCGGCCCGUCUCCCCCGCCCGGUCUCCUGUCAGGUCGCCGUCGCCAAUGGAUCGUCGGGCAGCGGCGGCGGAGGAGCUGCACCCACGGACCACGCCCAUCCUGCCGCGACGGGUUCCGAGGAUGGGCGCUGCAGCUGCCGCGGCCGCAGCGGCGUCGAGCACCCACGCGCCUGGACAGGCUGAGGGAGGCUUUGCCGUGGGGCCGCAUGACCGCGAGUGUGAGCGCGAGCGCGACCGAGGCCCUCGAGCCCGCCCGCGACAGCGCCCUCGCACCAUCCACAUCGAUGUCUACUGCAGCAGCUCCUCGGAGGCGGAGUCCUCAACUCCGUCGUCGCCGGUCUCCGACGACAGCUUGGAGUCGGGGCCGCGGCGCCCUCAGGCCGUGGUGGCCCUCGGCUCGAAGCAGCGCAAGAAGACGGAGCUCAACCUGGGACGCCGCCACGAGCACCCGCUGGAGGAGAAGGCGUCCAGCUUCGUGUAUUCCCGAGGCCGCCGCCACAGCCACAGCGGGCGCAGGUCGGCCUUCAUCACGGACGACGUCCUCACCCUGUCCUCGUCGCCGCCGCCGCCGCAGGACAGGGGGUCGCUGCGCUCGCACGAGGCAGUGUCUGCGCCUCCGACGGUGGGAUUCCGACGCAGCCCAAGCACGACGCCCACGCCGGGUCAGCAAUCCCCGCUGCCGAUGCCUGCUCCCCCGGCGGUAAGACCAGCAACCCUGACGGUUCCUACCUCACCUCCGCCGCAGUCGACGGAGAUCUCGGGUGUCCAGCCACGCAGCAGGCACUCCAGUCUGUCCUACCUCAGUAGUCCACUAGAAGCUUGGGAAGGAGAGCCAGAGCCAGAGUUGCCGUCCUCGGCGCUCUCUUGGCGCGGCAGCGAGUUCGAAACUUCAACCCCGCGCCUCACGGGCGACCUCGACUUGCCGUCGCCGCGCCCCACCUCAGAGCUGUCUCUCUCUUCCCUGCACGAAGCAUUUUAUGAGGCGGAGUCCGAUAUGCUGGAGAUGCCCAGCAGCAGCGGCGGCCUUCAGGACUCCCCCAAGCAGUGGCGGUCGCCGCAGCUCGAGCGCCAGCGGUAUAUCCAGAAGGGCCAAGAAGACCGCUAUCGCGAAGCCCUGCGGCGACGCACCCUGAUGGAGGCGGAGCGGCCGCACACCGCCACGCCGCCCAACGUCGUGGAACUAGCCAGAUUACCUGCAUUUAGUGAAUUUUCCAAGGAGGAACUGAAAGUCAUUUCCAAAUCACUUGAGAGACGUGAAUCUCUACAGGUUGCAGAUCAAGAAGGGUCAUACCGCCUUGAGGAAAAAAAAGAAUCUUUUAAGCCAACCGAACGCAAGGAUUCAAAUCGACUCCUUGAGUGGAUGCAGCAAUAUAAGGAACAAGAAAAGCGUGAUUCCCAAAGGAAGAAAGACCAGGCAGAGGCGUGGGUUCAUCCCCACACGGAAGUUGGCAGGAGAGUUGAGCGGGCAGACUCUCUCGGUAGUGCAGAGAGUAGAGAGUUUCGCGGAAGUACGGAGAGGAGGAGGGCCUCCUUCUCCCGUGACAGAAGUGUUGAUAGGAAGAGAGAUUCGUCAGCUGGCCUUGAGAGACAGGGGUCACUGCGCUCUCAGGAGCUGAGGGAACUUAUGAGUCAUCUGGAAAAGAAAGAUUCCCAUCAGUUCUUAGAAAAGAAGGAUUCGGGUAGAUCUCUUGAGAGAAAAGACUCAUUUAAAGCAAGAGAUAAGAGAGAGUAUUAUUGUGCACUUGAGAGGAGGGAUUCUGGUCGAACGGUUGAGCGCAGAGAUUCUUCGAGGUCACUGGAACGCCGGGACUCUGGCAGAAGUUUAGAGAGAAGGGAUUCUGGUAGGGCACUGACCCGGACAAGUUCUGGCAGAUAUGUUGAAAGAAGAGACUCUGGCAGGGCUGUAGAAUUGAGAGAUUCGGGUAGAUGUAUAGGAAGAAGUGAUUCUGGCAGGUCUGUUGAUAGAAGAGAUUCAGGAAGGAUAUACGAGGGUAAAAGAAAAGAUCUCGCAGAGGCUUCAGACAGAGGGGAUUCCAGGUAUGAUGAAGCUGAGGAGGGAGGAAGGCGUUCUCCCGAGAGAAAACGGUCUUUUUUAGAACAGCUUCUUGAAAGAGAGGAAUCCUCGCGAUCUGAUUCUGUCGAGUGGCAAGAUGUCGUCUCCACAGUGAGGAGACGCCUGUCUGCUUGUGCCAAACAGAGUGCAGAAGCAGCCACACCCCAGUCUCCUCAGUCUGAGAUUCCUCCUCAGAUGCCUGCACAUGAGCGAGCUGCUUCAACACUUUAUGGUGAAGAGGCAGUGCCACAGCUGCCAGGACAUGAGCUGGGGCACAGAAAGGGAAGUAGUGCCUUUGAGGAAUAUAGUGAACCCCGAACAACUACGGUUGGAGGACGAUUUAUUAAUAUUGGAUUGUUUCGGCACCUGCCAAGGUUCCCUUUUAGCCAAACCGUGCCUGUUCCUGCAUCACGGUUAAUGGAAGCUCGGACUACAUGUAUCCCAGAGCAGCGUAAGUUUGUUAGACCCCAGUUGUUUGGAGAGUUGAGGCUCUCAUACCCAAAGCGUAGAGGUAUUCAUUUUGGGCCACCACGCAAUCCCCAGUGCUCUUGUGAAAACUGCCGCAGUUGGUCAGAAGCCUCAUCCAAUGGCCAGCUAGCAGGCAGCCGGUUACGAGCUUGGUCAUUAACCGACCUGGGAGCCGACAGUAGUGGCAUAAUGCUCCCUCAACUUCCUGGCUCCUACCCUGGUACCUCACUCUCCCGUAACAACAGCAAUGCCAGCGACAGCGCAGCUAUCUCCCAUGUAGGCCCAGCAGAGGCUGGAGGAAAGCAGCCAUAAGCUGGAUUUGAUUCGACUCUCCCUGGAGCGGCUACGGGGAGACUUACCACAUGGCUCCAUUAUGGCCGGGGAGGUGAGUUGAUCGGUCCUGAAGGAAA